CUUGAUUUGAUCAGAUGAAGAAUCAACAACAAUCACAAGGGCAGGCAGGAAUCCCUCACGACUCAACUUAGCUCUUGGUUACAAUCUAAUUACCUUUGCCCGCCGCCGGCUACAUAUCAGAUUCUUCCUGUCAAACUUUAUGGGGCGUUGUCGGGGUUGGGUGGAAACGCGACUUGUUUAAACACCUCGCUGCUCUUUCUCUUUCGUCGCAACCCCCGAAAUCGUGCGAUAUAGCCAUGGCAGACUCCGUUGUACACCAGGACCCCAUUGUCCUGGUUAUAGACUUUCAUCAUGCGAGAGGUCCCGAGAUAGAACUAUGCUUCGCCGAAGACGGUACGAAUCCGGCUGUUGAAAACGACUGGUCCCUUCUCCCCUUCAUGGCCUUAUCAGACGGCGCACAUGCAUCAACCGAAGAUUUCUCAUACUUCACCCUCCGCCGCGAAGCCACAUCAACGCAGCCCGCAACAUCUCUAUUUGGGAUCUCGUGUACCAGGCAGAUUUCUGCGAGUGAAUUGAUUAACCGCUCGCCGGACGUUACGAGAUCGACGGUCCAAAAGGCCGUCGUGGUGGUAACGGAUAGACCGCAGCAUUUCGGUACAUUGAGAGAAAAGCUGUCUAUGGUCACCUUGGCGUGGUUUGAGCAGCGGGAUUUUGCGGAUAUUGAUAUAUUAAAGAAAUUUCGCGAGAGUUUGAUUGCUGGGUUGAAGAAUGAUGAGGCUGAGAAAGACGCUUAUCUCGGCUUGUCAUUACGAGAAAUGACCCAUCAGUUUAAAUCCCAAACACUGGUUUUAUUCAAAGGACUACUUUUGCAGCCAAAGAUGCUAUUUUUUGGCUCCAGAUGCGAGCGUUUAUGCAUGAUGCAGUUUUCCUUGCUCUCUCUUUUACCCGGUUUGAUCAAUAAUUUACAAGAUUGCGCCGACCCGGCGUUUGAUUCAUACUCAGAAAAGGCUGAGAAGCCUAGCUCGCUCAAAACGAGUGAGCGGAGUUCAUUGCUUGCAUAUAUGGGUUUGCCGCUACAGAUUUUUGGUAAAGGGAGCAUUUUUGGGCCCUAUACGCCAUUGCAGCAACUGGAUCUGCUAGCUGAUCAUGGGACUAAAUCGUACGUGGUCGGGUCGACUAACUCUUUGCUUCUUCAGCAAAAAGAUCGCUAUAGCGAUAUAUUAAUUAAUCUCGACGAAGGAACGGUCAACGUGACCUCGCCUUCAUUACGGACAGCUCUAGCAUUGACUGCAGCCGACAGACGAUGGAUCGAUUUCCUCGUACAAAUCAUUAAUGAAACCUGGGACGAAUCGCACCCAGGACAGCCAAAAACACACGGAUACGUGGGCUCAGAAGAAUUCAUCCGCCUGCAGUUUGAGGAAUAUUUACUUGCUCUAUUGUCAUGCAUGAACCAUCGGCAACAUGUCGGACCUUCGUAUCCUUCGAGGACUAAUGAGUCGAAAAAUAAAGCGCAAUCAGCCGAUAUCGAAGGUGAUCCCUCAAUUGAAUUUAAUACAGAAUUUAUUGCCCAGUGGCAGGAGACGCCUAAUUAUGCUCUUUUCCAUCGAUUAACAUCAGACGCUCUACUAUUCUCUAUCGUAGAACCUCGACACCCCUGUGCUGGUGGGCUUACAGUGGAAGAUAUUCAGCGAAGACUGGCCCAGCAAGUAUCCGAGCUUCAUCUCGACGAACGCGUCCGCGAGGGCCGAGAAGCCCUAAACAAAACAUUCGCAACAGGCCAAAAGAAGGUAAGCAGCGCUUUCAACAGUUUCUGGGCUGAUAUCGAAGCCCUACGCGAAGCCCAAAGGAAAAGAAACGAGGAACGAGCUGUUGAACGCCCAUCGGAGGAGAAAACUUCUUCCACGGCAUCAACCUCAUCGGCCUCCACGACGACUUUAGCAGCCACACCGGCGACUUCUUCCUGGUUCGCAAACCGUCGUGGACCCUCUGUCGAUUUAAGCCAGGCUCAGACCACCGUCAACGCCGCUGGCCAAAAGGCUGGUGCGUAUUUCAGCUCAUGGGGCACAUGGGCCAGCGAGCGACGCAAGGAAUGGCAAGACAAGAGAAGCGCAUCGUCAACAUCAGCCGCCUCAGACCCGUCUUCUCUCACAUCCCCAUCAACGCAAACCCUGCCGAGCGUAAGCGAGAAAUUAGAAGCACUAGACCGCGGCCGCCGCGAGUCACUACCGCUGCAGCGGAAAAGCGAGGAUAGCAGUUCGUCAACGCUGGGGAGGAGCAUGAGUCGGAGGAAGAGGUGGAGUACGGUACUUCGUAAGAAGGAUCGUAGUGACUCAGUUUCGCCUAGUAGGGCGGAUAGUCUCGAUGUGCAAAAUGAUUUGCCCUCGUCGUUGCCGAAGUCGCCGUUGGGCCAGGUAGAGAGUCCGUUCAAGGAUGGCGUGGAUGAUAAGGACGAUGGCAAGACUGGGGUGAAACCAGAUGGGAAGCCAGAGGUACUUAAUACCGAGAAAUUAUCCACAAAUAACGAUUCAAAAGUGGCCGAGAAUGAUUCAACCGAGUCAUCGCCGAAAGACGAAAAAUCAAAGACCUCUACUGACGGCCCUGCUGAACGGACAGAAUCGAAAGAGUCGACGGAAGAAGACAGAGAAGCACCUGGCGAGCCAGCGCCAAUCUCAGAAGCAGACACCAAGACCCUAUCCUAGAAACAAACUGCACUGCAUUGAACAUAGAAACGAAUGUACAUGGAGGAAGAAUUAAUUACAUAUGCGACCAGCCUCGUGUCGCUUUUACGCUUGAUGACGUGAUACCUUAUGUUUAUUACCUGAAUUAACUAUAUGAUUCCGCACACACAAACCUAUCAACCAGCUAGCCAAACU